AUGGCUCAGUUAAGAAGUAAGGGAGCGGAAGGAGAUUCUCAACCGACGUUAGCGCGUCAUGACAACGGGGAAACCAUUAAUGCCGGCUAUGAGGGACAGGCCGACUCCAAACAGGAACCGGAUAACAAUAACGAGACUGGGGUAGUAAUGGACGUUAACACUAGUCGUGGUGCGUUUGGGGGAAACUCUUUGCUUGUCGACGACGCCGUCCCGGGUGAAGGAAGAGACUAUCCGAGCGGCAAACUAUUCGAACCGGGCAAGAGUCCGGCGCAGGGGAGUCUGGCGAGUAGCACCGAGUCCGCCCAAGAGGGCUCUCGGGUGCUGAAGCAAGAACAAAGAGAAGGAGGAAACGGGUCCCCCUUGCAGCCAGCCGAGCACACAAAGGCCGCGGAGAAACACGAGCGCGGUGGUAAAAGACGAGCCAGCCUUGAAGUGGCCUCUUCGGACGGUGAGCCGCUCAGUCGGAUGGAUUCGGAGGACAGUAUCAGUAGCACCUUAAUGGACAUGGAGAGCAUCGCGUCAAGUGGCCGCUCCACGCCAGCGAUGUUCAACAACGGCGGCUCGACGGUCACUGGCAACGGUUCGAUGCCGACGAACGGCAAAUCUUUAAGCUACACUUGCUGUUGGGAUCACUGCCAAGCGCAGUUUUCCUCCAGCCCCGAUUUGGCCGAUCACAUCCGAGCCACACAUGUGGACGGACAAAGAGGAGGAGUUUUUGUGUGUCUAUGGAAGGGCUGUAAAGUUUACAACACGCCGUCCACCAGUCAGAGCUGGCUGCAGAGACACAUGCUGACUCAUAGCGGAGACAAACCAUUCAAGUGCGUGGUUGGAGGUUGCCACGCCACGUUCGCCUCCCAGGGUGGGCUCGCCCGACACGUCCCCACUCAUUUCAGCUCCCAGAGUUCGUCCAAAAUGUCCAAUCAAAGCAAAAUGAAGGAGGACUCUCCGUCCAAGGCUGGUCUCAACAAGAGGAGAAAGCUCAAGAACAAGCAUAGACGCUCACUACCUCGACCUCAUGAUUUCUUUGACGCCCAAACUAUGGACGCCAUCCGCCAUCGGGCUAUUUGCCUCAACUUGGCGACGCAUAUAGAAAGCCUCGGCAAUGGUCACAGCGUCGUGUUCCACAGCACGGUCAUCGCAAGGAGGAAAGAAGAAUCCGGCAAGGUGAAAGUUCUUCUGCACUGGACUCCAGAAGACAUAUUGCCCGACGUUUGGGUGAAUGAGAGCGACAGACUUCAGCAAAAGACCAAAGUCGUGCAUCUGUCCAAGCUUCCGACGGACACAGCAGUUCUCUUGGAUCCUAAUAUUUGCAGGUACGCGUCCCGAGACCCGUUUGCUGCGCGCAAGUCAGUAGGGAUAUCUGGCACUGCAGUCCUCUGGUUCACCUCCUAUCUCUCCAAUCGUCACCACUUCGUCUCCAUCAAUAACCAUAAAUCCCACACCUCUCCAGUCACCCACGGUGUCCCCCAAGGAGUGUUGGCCCAAGAGCAGAUUGAACAUGUCCGAGCUUUCAGCCUCAAGCAGGAGAAGCGAGAGUCAGUCUCCAAUGACGCCGAACGUGACGACACUGCAGCAAUCCAGGAAAUUCGCAACUAA